UCUGCACUUAAUGUAAUGUUUACAAGCUUAAAUUCUCCUUCAAAACUGAGUGGUUGGAAAGCAAGUGGUGGUGACCCUUGUGGUCAAUCAUGGAAAGGGAUUACCUGCUCAGGCUCCUCUGUUACUGAAAUAAAACUAUCUGGGCUUGGACUUAGUGGACAAAUGGGUUACCAGCUAUCAAACUUGAAAUCUGUCACGACCCUUGAUAUGAGCUCAAACAACCUCAAGGACAGUAUACCAUAUCAACUUCCUCCAAGUCUCAAACGCCUGGACCUUUCUAAAAAUGACUUCAGUGGUAGUUUGCCUUAUUCAAUCUCUCAGUUAUCAGAGCUCAAGUACCUAAAUUUAGGACAUAAUCAGCUCAAUGGACAAGUGACUGAUAUGUUUCAGAAACUUAAUAAACUUGAAUCCAUGGAUCUAUCCAUGAACAAACUGACAGGUGAUCUACCACACAGUUUUUCAUCACUAUCAAGCCUGAAAAAGCUAUUCUUGCAAAACAAUCAAUUGACUGGUUCCAUAAAUGUCCUUGUCAGACUUCCUCUUGAGGAAUUGAAUGUUCAAAACAACAAAUUUACUGGUUGGGUCCCUGACGCAUUGAAGGAUAUUGCUAAAACUGGUGGAAAUUCUUGGUCAUCUGGGCCAGCACCUCCUCCUCCUCCUGGUGCAAAGCCUGUUGCUAAGAAACGUCCAGCAGACUCUUCCAGUGAUAGUUCGUCUCUGUCAUCUACCGAGAGGGGAAUAGUUAUAGGAGCAGCAGUUUUGGGUGGAUUGGCCAUAGUUGCCGUUCUGGUUGCUCUGGUUACAAGGAAAAAGUCUUCUCCAUCUUCUCAUUUUCUUGAUGAAGAGAGGGCUAGCCAACGAAGAGCCUUUACCCCCCUUGCAUCACAGGAAUUAUCCCAUGACCUACGGAGUGAUAGCAGUGACUACAAAGCUGAUUUUUCUGGUGAUUAUUCAUUUAUGUUUUUAAGGUCAGUUGGUCACAAGGAUCCCCUCGCUGAUAGGGAUUUUAUUCCUCAAAAGGAUCCCCUCACCGCAAGGGCAAAAUCUCUCCAUGACAAUGAAUUUGCAAAUCGUCUUAAAGCCAAAAGAAGCACCUCUGCUCGUGCUGCAGCUUAUUCUUUGUCAGAUUUGCAGACCGCUACGGCUAAUUUCGCAAACGGGCGCCUACUUGGUGAGGGGACUAUUGGGCGUGUUUAUAGAGCUAAGUAUCCUGAUGGGAAGGUGUUAGCUGUGAAAAAGAUUGAUUCCUCUCUUUUUCAAGGAGAUAACACUGAGAAUUUUUCAGAACUUGUUGCAAACAUCGCUAGGAUUCGUCACACAAACAUCGCUGAACUUGUUGGUCAUUGUUCAGAACAGGGGCAUAACAUAUUGAUUUAUGAGUAUUAUAGGAACGGCUCACUUCAUGAGUUUCUACACAUGUCAGACGACUUUAGCAAACCACUAACUUGGAACACAAGAAUCAGAAUUGCUUUGGGCACAGCCCGGGCUGUUGAGUAUCUCCAUGAGGCUUGUUCUCCAUCAUUACUGCACAAAAAUAUCAAGUCGUCUAAUAUAUUGCUUGACCUUGAGCUCAAUCCUCAUCUGUCCGACAAUGGCUUGGCAAACUUUCAUGAGCGUACAAGCCAAAACCUUGGAGCCGGAUAUAAUGCUCCCGAGUGCACAAGGCCAUCAGCAUAUACGCUGAAGAGUGAUGUUUACAGUUUUGGGGUGGUAAUGUUGGAGUUAUUGACAGGACGGAAGCCUUAUGACAGUAAAAAACCAAAAUCCGAGCAAAGCCUAGUCCGGUGGGCUGCUCCACAGCUACAUGAAAUUGAUGCAUUGGCAAGAAUGGUGGAUCCUGCUUUGCGCGGACUCUACCCUCCCAAAUCCCUCUCUAGAUUUGCUGAUGUUAUUGCCCUGUGUGUUCAAUCGGAGCCUGAAUUCCGACCGCCUAUGUCAGAGGUAGUCGAGGCAUUAGUACGAUUGGUGCAACGUUCGAGUAUGAACAUGAAAGACGAUCUUGCAGCCUCUCGUCGGACGGAGGAUUCUGACUAUUGAUGAUGAUUUCUUCUAUGAAUUUAAAACAAUUUUUUUUUUUUUUAUUUAAAAUUUUUAUGUUUUGUACAUUUGAAUGAA